AUGGCGGAGCCCACGCUCUGCUCUUUCCUCACCAAGGUGCUGUGCGCGCACGGCGGCCGCAUGUUCCUGCGCGACCUGCGCGUGCACGUGGAGCUGUCGGAGGCGCGGCUGCGCGCGGUGCUGCGGGCAGCGGGGCCCGAGCGCUUCUUGCUUCAGGACGUGGCCGAGCCCGAGCCCGAGGGCCUCCCGCCGCGGGACACGGCGGAGCCCGGGCGCCACGAUGGCCAGCGCGGCGGCGGCGGGGGCGUGGCCUGCAGGGUGGUGGCCGUGUCGGCGGCGCGCCUCUGUGCCCGCUAUCAGCGCUCGGAGUGCCGGGCCUGCGACCAGCUGCACCUCUGCCGCCGCCUCAUGCAGGGCAAGUGCCCGCACCGCGACUGCUGGUCCACCUGCGCGCUCUCCCAUGACAUCCACACGCCUGGCAACAUCCAAGUCCUGAAAAACUAUGGGCUCUUCGGUCUCAACGAGGCUCAGCUUCAGACCCUGCUCAUGCAAAAUGACCCCAGUCUUUUCCCGGAGGUCUGCCUGCUCUAUAACAGAGGGGAAGCCCUCUACGGCUACUGCCAGCUCAAGGACAAGUGCCACAAGGUCCACGUGUGCAGAGCCUUCAUCCGGGGGCAGUGCAAGCAGAAGAGCUGCAAGCGAUCCCACCAGCUGGUCGAGGCCACAUCGCUGGAGGUGAUCGAGGACCAGGGCCUGAACCUUCCGAGUGUCGUCAACUUCCAGAUCAUCGCCUCGUACAAACACGCGGUGCUGCACAAUACGCUGGAGGGUGCAGCCAGUUCCAUUUCUGCUGCUGCGCCUGACCAGGGCCCUGGGAGACAAGGCACGCGUGGAGCUGGGGUUGCCCAGGUCAGCCUCCCGGUCUCCACCCCUGCGGCCAAGGAGCGAGGUCCAGUGAACCCGAAAGGGCGUCGCUGAGAUGAGACGGCGCUGGCCCAGUUUGGAAGGGGUCUGAAGACAAGGCUUGUUUUGAGCUGGGAUUGUCCCCAUUUCAUCUUUUCCCAACGUGGGUCCUGGUGGCAAGGGGGCGGAACGCUCGGGUGAUCACCACAAGGUUGGCAUAGGUAGCCGGCUGCUUACAGUAACGAUUUCCAAACCAAACUCACUGCCAUUAAGUCGAUUCUGACCCUCAGUGGCCCUACAGGUCAGGGUGGAACUGCCCCUGUG